GAAGAGGAACCAGACGACGACGGCGCAGAAGACAUGGACACAGCAGCUGGGGACGCCUUGGGAGCCACGCAGGCGGCGCUGCUGCUACUGGCUGGCGACGCUGAGGACUCCGAGUCAUCCCAAUUGCCGGCCGACUCAGCCGAACCACCGACCAGCCCUGGUGACUCUGGUGACCUCGGGGUCACGGCGGAGUCAACGAGAGUGACCCCAAAGGGGGAGACGGUACCUAAGGAUGAGGCAGGUAGUGGGGCGGAGAAGGAUGCAGGCAGUGAUGAAGUGGCCAAGAUGGACGUUGGGAUGGAAGACGCAGCGGAGGCUGAAGGGGAGAAAGGCAAGGAGCAAGGUCAGCAAGGGGACGGAGGGUCAGCGGAGGUAGCUGAAACAACCAAACAAUCACAAGAUCAGAAAACGGCUGCACUCGCUAGCGGGGAGGUGGAAAUAGUACAAGAUGAGGUCACCGAAACAUCGUUGAAGCCAACGGUCCCAUCGCUCUCUCCACGUGCAUCGCUAGGCGCUGGGAUUGAGCUAAAAAUUGAUCCCACGACCGAUGGAGAUGCUCACCAGAAAUCACCAGCCCCGAUUGGCACCUCGGUUGGUGCUGAUAACACGCACCAUCCUUCACCAGUUAUUAGAAGAAGAGCUCGUCUCAGCGGUCAGGUCAAUGACAGGUCGAAGGGAUCUGGUAGUGCUAGUCUCACAACAGAGUGGACCGGCAAGCAAUCUGGCUCCGACACUAACCACGCUGAGAAGACAUCCGCAGUCGCCGCCAUCACCUCAACCGCCGAUACUAUCACAUCUUCUGAAUCUAUCACAACAUUCGUCUCCACUGCUACCGCUACUACUCCACGCUGUGGUGGUACUGCGAAGAAAGCUGACUCCUCGCCGGGGUCCUCCCCGCGGCCGAUCCCGUCCACCCCCGAGUCUGGCUCGCCCGCCCCCUCAUCAGACGGUGGUUGUUUCUUAGCGCCUGCCGGUGACCUGGGUGCUGCACUACUGGAGCUCCUACUGACAGGUCGAGGCCCCCCGGCGGAGACACUCCUCUGUAGGGACGGCUCGGUCCCGGUGCACGCGGCAGUGAUGGCUGUCCGCUGCCCGCCCCUGUACCGGGAGCUGAGUGAAGCAGGGGGACGGCUGUCGCUGCCGGAGGUCAGCCUCCGCGCCGCCGCGGCUCUAGUCCGGCUGUUGUACCUAGGAGAGAUUGUGUUCACCGGUGGUAGCACGCCGCUGCCGCAGCUCCUCCUCCUGGCUGAGAGAUUUGAGCUGCUGGAGCUGGCGUAUUAUCUCAAACGGGAGCACGGAGUGACGAUGCCGGAGCCUGUGAAGGAGGCGGAGCUGGUGAAGGUGACUGAGAGUCCGUCGUCCCCCGCGCCGGCCGAAACUUCCAUCGACAGGCCUCCGCUCAGUCCCGAGCUGUUUGACCUUACGGCGUCGGACGGUGGAGAGGACAUGGAGGAAGGUUCACCGGUCCAUGCCACCGCCUCAGAGUCAGACAGAGAACAGUCACCUCACCGGGACUCGGACAGUGACGUGGUGUGCUCACCAAACCAAUCUCCCCGCCGGGUCGGGGCUAACACAGGACUCCAGUCCCCCUACAAGCGUACACCCGGUACUGCAAGGUCAGGAGGAACCCCGAGGAGACGAGAGAGAACGUUAUCGGAUAGAGACAAGACUCCAGUGCGUGAAACGGGCAACCCCUCGCCCAGUCGUAAGAUAUCUGGCAGAGACUCAAACCCCGUCACCCCCAGCACUCCCCGACGAGGACAGAAGCGUCCCGGCAGCCCCUCUCGCCGACCCGUCUCUCCGGAUGAUAUCUGUGAGGUGUUCUCGUCUCUGUCCAAACGACGGAGGACCUCAUCACCAGCCACUCCGUCACCAGUGAAGGCCCAAUUUGCCUCUCCGAGCACCAAACGACACCAGGGCGAAUCUCGCUUCUCCCGCACCCCAGUAGGACGUCGUUCUUCGUCCAACACCCCACAGAAGGUCGGGUCAGGGUCUCAGGAGCCACCACCGCGCCCAGUCUCGGCGGACUCCGAUAUAGAGAUCUUAGACGAGGCACCGAUGGUGUUCACGCAGAAAGUGAAGUCACCUCGUCGCUCCAGCGGACUGGGAGAAGACGGCUCUCCAGUGAAGGAGGCAGCAUUGGAAAGCGGCGAUCAGGGUGAUCAGGGCGGAGUUUCUCCAUCUAAGUCGCAGGCAGAACCUGAUCGGGAACGGUCUCCCGUCGGUGGCGUCUCGCCCCAAUCCUCGCCGUCUCGUUUCCAGCCGCGGGUACAAACCGAGCUGCGGGACGACUCGUUCGGUUCCUCACCGCUCAUCUCCAGACGUCAGGAACCCGCUGCCGACUCCCAGAGUCGACCCCCACCGCCGCCGACCGUUAAGCGACGCGAAUCGGAAGCGAACGGAGCUGGCUCGCCCGUCACUCCCCGGCGUCUUCUGGCGGAGUCCGACCGGCCCGAUACUGGCGGCGCUGCGUCAUCGGUGGUCAUGCCGCCCUGUUCACCGGAGAUACCCGCUCCGUCCUCCGAGCGUUCACCUGACCGGACCUCACCCGUCCCCCCAUCACCUGAGGUUCGUCAGAGGUCUCCUGUCUCACCUACCUCCCCUCCUCGGCCAGCCAGUGACCGGGAGGGUAGUGCCGAACCCGCCCCAUCUCCUCCGUCCGACCCACCGCCCGCGGACGUCUGGGAUGGCUUUGAGGAUUGUGGUUACAUAGAGCUCAUCGAACCGCCGCCGCCACCUCUGGGUACUCCUCUCCGUCUUGCCGCCUCCGUCCCCGCAGCCGCUGCAGCUGCAGCUGCAGAGACGCCGGCAGGACCUCGCUCCUCCCUGGACAACUCUGAGCUCUGGGGAGACUCCAGCCUCCUGGCCGGUUACGUCACCCCGACUGAGGCAGAGACCACGACUACCUCGCGACGGGCGGACUCAGGGAUUCAUCCGUUUCACCAGGAGAACGCUGGUGAUCCCAGGGUGCAGUCGACGGGAUCGGACACCCCAGUGAGCAGACUUGGAGGAGCCGAGGUUCCGGUAGGGAGGCCAGGGGACUCUGAGACAUCAGAACGGAGGUCGGGCCAGGCAGGAGCUCGGUCUGGCGGGACGGAUGAUGCUGGGACUCCGGAGACAACCAUGGCGCCGCCGCGGCCACCGCAGCGGACUCCGGUCAACCCGUACCGAGUGGUGCUGCGGGACUCGAACACACCGCGGCCCAACUACGUGCUCAUGCUGACUCCGGAGCUGAAGCGCGAGCUGGCUCGAAUCGGCGUCAAGCCCAUCUCCCGUCGUAAGGCGGUGGCCCUGCUCUCCCACAUAUACGAGGAGACCCACCCUCCGGCGACUGGCGCCAGUGGUGGGGGUCAGGCAGCCGCCUCACAGCCUGUAACCUCUACCGCUGGCUCCAGAGGAACUUCUGCUGCUGCCAGCUCCAGCGCUGCCUCCACCAGCUCCAAAACCGCUAGAGUCAAGGCCGCCGCUGCCCCCAGCGUUAGCUCUACUGCCCGACCCCGCCCGGCCUCACCCAGCGAUGGACCUGAGUCGGGCGGUGACGGAGAGUUCGCCCGUCCCCGGGAGCCGACUCCGACUCGGGACGGGGGUCGCUCCGACUCUGACUCUGACUGCGAGUCGUCCGGCUCAGAGGGCGCCGCCGCUCGCCUGGAGGAGACUCUGAGUCGCCUAGGAGAACGGCUGGAGCGGGAGGAUGAGGAGGAGGAGAUCACGCCGUCACAGGCAGCGUCCGCGGCGGCGCUGCCGGAGCGGCUGCGCUCCUACAUCCUGUCUCGGCCGGAGCUGUACCACCAGGUCCUCACCUACGAGCCCGUCUGGCUGGAGAGUCUGCACAGGGACCUGCGACAGAACGGCAUCAAACUCAGCAUGGCGCAGCUCAUGGACUUCCUUGACGAACAGUGCAUCACCUUCCGAACGGAGAACAGCGGACGACGGCGAAAAUCGCCCAAAAAGAAAAAGUCACCAAAGAAAGGAUCGCCGAAAAAGCGAGGACCGUCGCAAAAGAAGAGGUCGCCCAAGAAGAAGGCGAGCUGACAGCGGCCGUCAUAGACUCGCUUAUCUGAUAGUCAAUGGAUAAUAUUUAUUGUUGCUAGGGAAUGUUAAAUUGUGGUUGUGACAUACUCAUCGGAUCUCCAUUUAAUGACUUCAACGUCUGUGAUGUUUCCCCAUAACUUCCAAAGGAACUACGCUAACGCUUCACUUCAUUAUGCCUGCCAGCUUGUAGUCACCAUGUGAUGUUGAAUGGGCCCUGUUACCUGCCGUGUGACUGUAGACGUAGUGCUUUUAUUGGGUCGUGUAUGCGUCGAGCAGUGAUGGUUAAUACAGUUGUGCGUCAGU